CCUCCUCAAAUCAACCAACCAAAUUCGCAACAACGUGGGAUAUAAUCAAAACCUUGAUAACGUGGCACCACACUAUUGGAUCACACGUUUCUUAAUUAGCAUGUAACCCCUUCACACCUAAUCAAGCAGUUAAUAAAACUGACAAUAUUUGAAUUCCUAUUAAACUCCCCUCCAACACUAAAAUAAACAAAAAAUCAAACAGUUUUUCUUGUGAUUUUAGAGAGAGAAAGAGAGUAAGAUGGAGAGUGACGAGGAUGUAGAGAGAAGACAAGUGAACAACAACGAGAAUGAUGUAGCAAGGAUAUCACCGAUGUGGGAUGACUACGAUAAUGCUGAGUGGGGUUCAUGGUUAAUCCCCAUUUUUGUUGGGAUUAACGUUAUAAUGUUCCUAGUAACUAUGUUGGUUAACAACUGUCCUUCUCAUAACAACAACAACAACAACGUUAAUGGAAGAAGUUGUGUAGCGAGGUUUCUUGGAAGAGUUUCCUUUGAGCCACUUCAUUACAAUCCUCUCCUAGGGCCUGGCCCUCAUGCAUUGUUGAAAAUGGGAGCUAUAAAUUGGUCGGCGGUUGUGGAACACCAUCAAGGAUGGAGGCUCAUCACGUCCAUAUGGCUACACAGCGGCCUUAUUGACCUUCUUGUGAAUAUGUUUUGCCUCCUUUUCGUUGGCAUUCGCAUUGAAAACCUAUACGGAUUCUUACGGGUCGGAAUAAUCUACCUAUUAUCAGGAAUUGGAGGAAACAUAACUUCAUGCCUAUUCUACUCAAAGCACAUUUGUGUUGGUCCCUCUAGUGCUUUAUUAGGCCUUAUUGGAGCUAUGUUUUCAGAUCUCCUUACAAAUUGGACUCGUUACUCCAACAAGGCUUGUGCAGUGAUUACUCUAUUAUUUAUGUUCGCGAUCAACUUAAUUUUAACAAUUGUCCCUCACCCACACAAUGGUGGUCCAAUUGGUGGAUUCGCAGUAGGGUUUCUUCUUGGGUUCAUCUUGUUGGUUCGCCCUCGUGUUGGAUGGUUCCCUUCUAUUUAUAGCUCUAAGUCCAAGUACAAGCCUUACCAAUACAUAUUAGGGAUUGUGUCUCUUGUCUUGCUCAUCAUAGUGUACGUGAUAGGGCUGGUAAUGGUAUUUAAGAACUAA